AGGACUCUAUUUCUGAACAUUUGAGAUCCCUCGAUGAGAUUUUCAAACAAUUUUCCCAAGUCAUUGUGUUCAUGGCCAGAGAGACGAGUGUUAGACUUGCAGUUGCUCGGAGUGUUACCAAAUAAAACAAAUGUUUACACUGUUGUAAUCUCUGACUGUAUUGUUUUGUGUCUAUUCAGACACGAUCGACUGGUUAACAUUUCAAUAGUGUUAUUAUAUAUUUCACUGUGCAGAUUUAAAUUAACAUCAUAAACAUUUCUUUGCUUUAAUGCUUUGUGCGUGUUCCUGGGUAAAAUAUAAGGAACUUUAUAGAUGUGUUAUUUAGUGUCUCAGAUAGUAUACAAGUAGAAGUGAGAAAAACUGCACCACAGUCGACAAGUUUGUUCUAUAGAUGUUCUUUUUGCAAUGAGCUUCUCAAUUUGUUCCAUUUACUUCACACUCAGUUUCUGUCUGCUUCAGAGUGCAACAUCUUUCAGACAGUUUACUCGCGUGAUUCAGAGAGACAUUGCAAUGUACCCCAUGACUUCCAGCAACAAUAGUAGGUCGAUAGUUGAGUGUGCAAACUGGUGUCUCAGUUCAAGUCCCGAGUGUGAAGCUUUCCUGUACGACACAAGGCAUUCUUCCUGUCACCUGGGACGUGGCCUAUGGAGAAACAAUGUGACGUUUUCCUUUCUUAACUACCUGUACUCUACAGGUGUCUUCUACUGCCCGACUGACCGUGGCUUCAAUGAGGUGGCUAUCAAUAACACAAGACUAUGUGCCUUCGUUUCAAACACUACUUUCAACUACACAACUGCCGCAAGAAUAUGCAAGCAGAAAAACGGAUUAUUAAUGACAGUGAAAACCCCAGAAAGAAUUAAUCUGUUGAGAGCGCUUAUGAAAAAUGUUGGAUUAGUGUACAUAGGUCUGGACGAUAUUGUCAAGGAAGGAAACUUUGUCUGGUCAGAUGGAACUCUUCUUUCUCAAACGGAAAUGGCCUUCUUCGAUGUGGGUAAGCCAUCACCUAUAGAUGGCACAGAAGACUGUGUUGUGUACGAUACUUUGUUAGGUGGUAAUGAUGUAUCUUGUGGUUACUUAAUGAAGUACGUAUGUGAAUUUGUUCCUUGACAACAUAUAUAUAUAUCAAAAUUUACAUUUUUUUAAAGAUAAGUUUGUCAUUUUAACUCUCAUGUCUGCUUUGUUGACCCUCAUUAUGUAUACCAUUGUUCAUCCUGUGUAAAUUAAAUUAUUAUUAUUAUUAAAUAGGAAUUAUUCUUUCAAUUUUUUGGGUUGCCAUUCUUUAAAUUAAAAUUAUUUGCGCAAAUUAAAAGUUAGUUAGGUUUUAUGAGCUUUAGUCUUUGACAGACUUUUUCUUUAAAUCUUCACUGUCUUCGUACAUGUAUAAGCAUUGAUUUUUUUUUCUAUCGGAUCCCGAAAGUGAAAAUCCACAAUAAUUUUUAUGUGGUCUAUCUGUUCGUCAGUCUGUCUUGUUUAAUCUUGAGUAUUUUACCCAAGAUCUGUGUUGUUUUUUCAGGACUAGCUUAUUUCAUGUACCCGGCAUUUUCCGAUACACAAUUUCAUACACAAAAUAAUUGUUGAAAAAAAUUGUAGUGAUUUUAAACUUUAAAUGAUUACUUAAAAAGGUGUUACUCUAAUCAAUUUUGAAUAUUAUUUUGUUAUGAAUGUCACUGUUUAUUUUGUGUCUGUUCUAGUUUCUUAAAUUUUUCUUGAGUAAAGGGGUCGUUUUUCUCCAAAUGGGUAUACUUGAUUUCUCCAAGCAGCCUUUGUAAAAUAUUGGUCCUAAAUAAUGCAAUGUUUAUAAACGAAAAAUCGCAUGGCUGCAUUAUGAUGAAUGUACGUGUUAGUUCAAUAUAUUUUAUAGUACUAGGUAACUAUAAAUAACCGCAUAAAUAGACGUAAGUUUAUUUUUUUUCUGUAAGAUAAAGUCAUAUGGCAAAUUUUUGUUUAUAUCAUAAUUCUAAAAAGGAAUAAUAAUAGAAUUAUACAGUAAAAAUAAUCACUAAGUUUUUCUUUUAAUAGUUUUGAAAGUCUAACUGAGUUUGUGUUUUUGCAGAUGUACAGUCCAUCUCUUCUAAUUGUUUAGAAAUGAGUGUAAAAAUGUAGGUUUCGAUAUUUUUAGCCUGAAUUUAAGGCAAUAACCCCGCAAAAAAAAUUUAAUGAAAGAAGAUUGAGAUAUACAUAUAUUUUUGUGACGGUACGCACCGGUACGGGGUACCGGCACCUUUUUACAAUGUCGGGAAAAAUGAUUAUUUUUCUUGUAAUUUAACGUUAAUUGUUAAUUUAUUAUUAGUUGAAAGUUAGGCAAUCUAUCACUGAGUACCGGAGCCUCUUUUUUAUUUUUACAAAAAAAAAAAA